UCCGCUUGAAGCUAUGUUGCAAAAAAAAAGAAAAAAAAUUGUUUGACUUGACACUUGACAUUUUCCGAAUGUCAACAUUCCAAAAAUUAGUCCACUAAUAAAAUACAUUUCAACAAAUUUACAAUUUUCUGCAUUAAAUCCUUUAAAAAACAUGUAUUUUCCCAAAGAAAACAACAAUACAAAAUCUACGACUGGAAAAAAACCAAACAUUUAAUAAAAACUCCAAUUGAAAAUCAUCUAAAAUCACAAUUAUAAAACCUUCCAUUUGCGUGUGCUACAUUUUUCCCUCUGUCCAUUGAUAACAAGUGAAAAGUAUAAAAACAAGUUUAUCCCAUUUGAUUGUUUGAUGUCCUUGAUGGCAACUCAAAAAGUUCUUUAAAUCUUAAUUUAAACCUCAAACCAUCCGGCAAUCGUAUCAUAUCAACAACAACAACAAAAAAACUUAAAUCAGCCAAAAGAAAAAAUGCAUCAAAAGUUCAAUUCUUAAAAUCAAUAAAACCAAAAGACAACACGACAACCUAAUUACACUCCUUAUUAAGUCUAUCACCCUCGGCCUCCGCAUUGGUGGCCCCAAUUUCAACAACGACAGUCACCACAGCAGCCACCAAAGUAGCUGUUAAGAUUGUCCACAGCAGCGAAGAUUCCAAGAAGAUUCUCACGAUCGUGACAUGCCGACGUCGUCGGAAAUCGUUAAGAUUUAGCAAACUCACGAAAAUGAACAAGUUUCUGCUGUUGCUAAUCAUAGCCAGUGGUUUCCUCGUGAUUUUCUAUGCCAAUUCCGAGUUCUUUAGUCGAAAAUCCCUUUUUGCUCUCUUCCAAAGUCGUCGCGUAGACACUAAAUCCAAUGAUGCAGCUGCCAAUGACAUCAAUCCAGUGGCUCUCGCUGCUGCCCCAGCUGCUCAACCCCUCGUUCAACACCGCAACAAUUCUUAUUCGAACUCGAAUCGAGUCAAAUACAUCAGUUGGCGCCAAAAUGAAACCUCGCUCUAUCACCAUCCGCAUCAGCACGGUGCGGCGGCCUCCCUCCUGCUCGAGCAUCACAUCUUUGUGAUCUACACAAAGGAAAACUACCAGCUGCAGCAAAAGUUCGAACUUUUCGCUCGCAGUCUGCUGAAGUUCAGCACCAUCAAACUGCAUCUGCACAUCAUCACGGACUCGAAGAGCGAAGCGUCCGCCGAGGAGAUCCUCAAGCAGCAGAUUCGGCACUAUCGCAAGUCCAUGUACUACACCCUGUACGAUGUUCACGAGUGUGCUGAGCGAAUCACCGAUAUUGUUCAAGCCAUGAUGCCGUUCUUCAGCUCGAACCCGAGCUCCUACUACAGCGACGCCCUGUUCUACCUGUCACUGGGACUGCAUCGGCUCGUAGAGCCGCACAUUGAACGGGCGAUUCUGAUUGAUUGUGAUGUCGUCUUCCGAGCAGAUGUCCGUCUGCUGUUCGAUGAGUUCGAGCGCUUUUCUCCGGAGAACCUGUUCGGCCUGUCGCCAGAGUUGACGCCAGUCUAUCGACACAUUCUCUAUCGCUAUCGUGCCAACUAUCCAAAUACGAAUUUUGGUAGCUCCUACUAUCCCAGUUCCGUGGCUCUUGGCUCGUCGGCCAGUCAAUCGGGCGGCAAUAAACACAAACACAACAAGCAUAUCAAACACGGCUAUCCAGGAUUAAAUUCUGGUGUUGUGAUGCUGCACCUCAAGAAGAUCAGACAUUCCCAGCUCUACGAGGAUAACUUGAAGGAGGUGAAUGUACGCAAAAUGGCCAACAAGUAUUCGUUCAAGGGUCAUCUGGGAGAUCAAGACUUUUAUACGCUGCUCGGCUAUGAGUUCCCCAGUCUAAUCUAUCGACUGGAUUGUGUUUGGAAUCGACAAUUGUGCACCUGGUGGAAGGAUCAUGGAUAUAGUGAAGUAUUCGAUACGUAUUUUCACUGUGAGGGUAAGAUUCGAUUGUAUCAUGGCAAUUGCAAUACUAGAGUGCCCGAAUAAGUUGUGAUGAAUUUUAAAUAUUUUACUUUAAAGCAGAACAAAAUAUUUAAUCGAUUCUUGGUCAUAUAAAGUAGAGCAAAGGGUCGGUCGCAUAUUUUAUUCUUUUAAGUCUUUCUGUGUAUAAUCGAAUGUUUAGUAACAUGAUAAUAACUGUUAUUAUUGUUUUUAUUUAAAAAGCUUGCAUUUAAUUAAUCGUGCUUUUGAUUACUGGUGGAAAAUGUUGAAGAUUUAUUUUGUAUUUGUUAUUGCUCAAUAAUAUUUUAAUUAAAGUUUAAACCCUUCUAAAAUCCGAAGGCUUAGAAGACUAAACAAACCUUAUGCAUCAUCAAUCUUCCUAACCAACAACCCCAAAAAAUUUCGGCCCGGAUCGUUCUUUAUGAAUAAUUAUUUGAAUGUAGAAUGCUAUCGCGGCCAAAAAUUCAAAGUAUUGAUAACAAUAAGCUUUUAAUGGAUUUUCCAUUGGCCUGGAAACAAAGUUGUCAUAUAAAAUAUAAAAAGACAUCAAAAUGGGUAAAAAGAAGAUAUUAAAAUAGGUAGAAAAUCCUUCCCAUAAUACAUCCAGUACUUAUCAGAGACCUAAAACAACAAGUGCCAGUUACAAACCGAAAUUUUGCCAAUUGUUUCAUAUUAACAUUUCGACCUAAGAACAGGUGCCACCUAUCCGUAACUUGUAAGAGGAGGUGUUAGUGUACAACGGUUUUGGAUUCUUGAAAAUUGAAAUUUCAGGAAAAGGCAUUCGUAAAGUACGACUAAAGAACAAAAAUCUGUACUAAAAAAAUUACUGAGUCAAUGAUGUUGUUGUCACAUCACAUAGGGCCUCUAUUAUGCCUACGCGCCAUCCCUCCAACUUUUGCCUUGUGACGGUCCUGCUCCAUGUGCUUCUCGGUCAUCCAGCUCUUCUACCUUCUUGUGUGAGCGGAUUCCACUGCAUUGCUUGGCCUUCAAUGCAGUCGUUACCUUUUCGAAGCGUAUGUCCAAUCCAUUGCGACUUACGCCUUCGUGUUAUAGAGUCUAUAGGUUCCUGGCCUGUCGUUCUAUGAAGGACCUCAUUUGAUAUACGGUUUGUCCCGAAAAUCUCUAGGAUGUUACGAAGAAUCUAUCCACGAAGGUUUGCAGGUUUCUUGUAAUAGCUGAAGUAACCUUCCAAGUGCUGCACUCAUAAAGAAGCACAGAUACUACAUUUGCGCGAAACAGUCGUAUCUUUGUUCUUAAGCUGAUAAAGUUAUUCCUCCAGAUUUUCGACAACAUGCCGAACGCCGCUUUUGCUUUGCCAAUGCGACAGCUGACGUCUUGUUCGGUUCCGCCCUCGAUGAAGACGAUACUUCCAAGGUAUUGAAAGCUCUCCACUUUUUUCACCGGUUGCGAGUAAAUAUUUAUUUGAGAGGAUAGUUGGGUUCCGAAAUUGAAUGCCGGAAUUAAUUUUCAGCCCCACAACUUCUGCUUCUCUCUUCACACUUGUUGUCAUUUGAUAGAGAUCCAUUAUUCUAUGAGAGAGUAAGCAAACAUCUUCCGCGUAAUCCAAGUGCUUUAAAUAGGAUGUCAAAGUCCAUUGGAUCCCUCCGCUACCUGACAAAGCUGCACGCAGUACAUCGCUUAUCACCAACAAAAACAAG